AUGCUUUCGCUUCUAGCUACACCCGCCAGGAUCAUCCUCGGGGCUCCGAAGCAAUAUAAAGUGCUCUAUGCUCGCAAAGGGACUAUUUACGGGAUCACCCGCGGUCUCAUGCACUCUACCAGCCGGUUCAAUUCCUCAACGCCCCGUGACAACACCACAGAUAUCUUUUCCCCACCGUCUACACCUCAUAUUAAACAGGUAGAGACAGCAUGGGUCCAUCCGGUGUACACCACUGAACAGAUGUGUGCAGUCGCUGUCGGCCAUCGCAAUGCAAAGAACUGGUCUGACCGCGUGGCCCUAGGUACUGUAAAGGUGCUGCGUUGGGGAAUGGACCGCGUGUCUGGCUACCGGCACCCUGAGCUGGGUCAGCAGCAUGAAGUCAAAUUUCAAAUGACUGAGAAGAAAUGGCUGACGCGAUUCAUCUUCCUUGAAAGCGUCGCGGGCGUGCCCGGCAUGGUGGGCGGUAUGCUUCGGCAUCUAAGGAGCCUGAGGGGGCUGAAGAGGGACAAUGGCUGGAUUGAAACCCUUCUAGAAGAAGCAUACAAUGAGCGCAUGCACUUGCUUACGUUUUUGAAACUGGCCAAGCCAGGCUUCUUCAUGCGACUUCUCGUUCUCGGUGCGCAGGGUGUCUUCUUCAACGGCUUUUUCCUGUCUUAUCUCAUCUCACCGAGGACCUGUCAUCGGUUCGUUGGGUAUCUGGAAGAAGAGGCCGUUCUCACCUACACCCGUGCGAUCCACGACCUUGAGACAGGCAAGCUACCUGAGUGGGAGAAGUUGGAUGCUCCUGAGAUUGCCGUACAGUAUUGGAAGAUGCCAGAAGGGAAAAGAAAGAUGAAAGAUCUCUUGAUGUACGUUCGAGCGGAUGAGGCGAAACAUGGAGAGGUCAAUCAUACUUUCGGAAACCUCAUCCAGGCAUCGGACCCGAACCCGUAUGCGUCCCAAUAUAAAGAUCCGACGAAGCCUCAUCCGAAGAAGGAUCUUACGCAUAUCAAGACGAUAGGAUGGGAAAGGGACGAGGUGAUUUAA